CGUCGACAUGGAGAAGAUAAACAGAAAAGUAGCACAGUCGCUGUUGACGUUGUUUACAUCUGAAUUAAGCGCGUGAAUGUCUGUGGAACACAGCGUCGCGUGACAUCUUUAUUAAAUUAAUUCGUAUUUUAUUGAAGCUGCAUUCCUAAGGGAGAAGCUAAUGGUCUUGACAACAUGGACAGUGGCCUGAGUCCCCAGGAUAAGAAGGACUUGGACAAGUUCAUUAAGUUCUUUGCCUUGAAGACUGUCCAGGUGAUCGUCCAAGCUCGUCUUGGAGAGAAGAUCUGCACUCGCUCGUCCUCAUCGCCUACCGGCUCUGACUGGUUUAAUUUGGCCAUCAAAGACAUCCCAGAAGUGACUCAUGAAGCCAAGAAGGCACUGGCUGGCCAACUCCCAGGCAUCGGGCGCUCCAUGUGUGUCGAGAUCUCCCUCAAGACGUCAGAGGGUGACUCAAUGGAGUUGGAGACCUGGUGCCUGGAAAUGAAUGAAAAGUGUGAUAAGGACAUCAAGGUGUCGUACACAGUCUACAACCGUCUGUCUGUGCUACUGAAGUCUCUGUUGGCCAUCACUAGAGUAACACCCGCCUAUAAGCUAUCCAGAAAGCAGGGUCACGACUAUGUCAUACUAUACAGGAUUUACUUCGGGGAAGUCCAGCUCAGUGGAUUAGGAGAAGGUUUUCAGACGGUGCGUAUCGGCGUCGUUGGAACCCCCGUUGGCACGGUCACGCUGUCCUGCGCUUACCGCACCAACCUGGCAUUCAUGUCCAACAGACAGUUUGAGCGCGCGGCUCCCAUCAUGGGGAUCAUCGUGGAUCACUUCGUGGAUCCUCCCGGCUGCGGCCAGCGGCCUGCCAACAUGGGACAUCCCUGCAACUACAGAGCUCCAGACGAGGAUGAUGGAGGACCAUAUGCAGGGGUUCAAGAUUCACAGGAGGUCUGCACCACCUCCUUCUCCACCUCCCCUCCCUCACAGUGUGUGUGCACACUGAGUCCUUCGCCCUCUAAACUGUCUAAGCCCCUCCCUCUGGACAGUCUGCCGCUUCCACUGGCUCCGGGACUUGUCACUCACACUCUGUAUGCGUCCAGGUUAUUGUACCAUCCUCCAGCUCUAACGGGAGCUGCUGAGCUCUGUCACCCUGCUGCACACCAGGUGUUGCAUGCUGGGAAGGAGCAUGGAGGGGCUGCGUUGGUUCCUGCCCAGCCUCAUCGCGGAGCCGACGCUCAUCUGACGGUGGAGAACGCUGCCCACACACCCGGCAGCAGUUGCGACGAUGACGGCCUGACGCACAGCGGAGAGAGGACGACGGGCGCUUCCCCCUCGGACCCCGUGGAGUCUCUCAACGCGUUCACGAGGAAGAUCGGAGCCUUCGUCAAUAAAGCCAACGCACCGAUAACAGCAGCCAGUCUGGACCUGCCAUUUGCUGCAUUUGCUCCUCGAGGCCUGGACCCAGAGGAGAAUGAUCCCAUGGUGCAGCCUCCAGACUCUCCUUCCUGCCCCUCACCCCUGCAGGCCAGCCUCCAUUCUCAGGGCUCAGAGGGAUCAGGGCAGCAGGACGACUUUGUCAUGGUCGACUUUCGUCCAGCCUUCUCUAAAGACGACUUGUUGCCGAUGGAUCUGGGCACUUUCUACAGAGAGUUUCAAAACCCCCCUCAACUGGCCAGCCUCUCGCUACACAUCAGCUCCCAGUCGAUGGCCGAUGACCUGGACUCGCUGCCAGAGAAACUGGCCGUUUAUGAGAAGAACAUCGACGAGUUUGACGCUUUCGUGGACAUGCUCCAGUAGAAGAGACGCGAAGGACGACGUGUGAGGAAAGACUAAAUGGAUGGUGGCAAAUGAAGCAGAGAAGAAUGAAAAGGGAGAAGCAGAGUGAGAAUCGCUCAGACUAAAAUCACCUUAUUUUAAUGUGAAUCGCUUAAUUUUCUGACAUUUUCCUCUCCCGCCUUCCCGUCAGGCACGCUCGCACAGAUCCCUGUAAAUACUGUAUUAUCUCCUCCUCUCUGGCCUGGUAGUGUUCAUCUAAAGUUAAACUUUAUUUUCUAUGUGGCACAGCUUUGCUCACGCCAUCAGUGUUUAAUGAGGCGUGUAAUGCAGAGGACGGACGACCUGCUCUCGUGGUAGUUUUUGUGAAACUAGCAUCGCUAUAAUCGAGCCGCCCUCCACUGAAGGUUUCCACGACGUCGCGGCCUUUUCUGAUCACGCGGUGCGACUCUAGAAAUCAAACCGGUUCCCUUUGUGUCACAGGCAUCGUCUUCGAAACUGAAAUCUUGAAAAGCUGUCUCGCCAAACGUGUUGUAAUUCAGAGACGUGCUGCUUGUCUUUAGUUUCCCUAGCUGGUCUGGGGAUUUAUACAGGCAACUUUAACAUUAGCAAAUGGCCCCAACGGAAUUUAAAGUUAAUCAAAAUGCUUCUCAUACGCGCACAGAAAAACAUUUCUCCACGCUGAAGCAACUUGUUGAACUAUAUUCGGUUGCCAAUUUAUAUCACACUGCAUUAGUCCCAGCUGCCUAAUAGACUGGCAACUGAGUGUGUUAAAUACAGGCUGUGUAACAUGCAUAUGUAUAUUUUGGGCAGUCUACUGAAGGGGUCACCAUCCAUGACUGUUUGGUUGAAAGCUUUAAUUUAAACUUCUCGCUGUUGGUCUAAGUGUCCUAAUAAAGCAUGGCUGCUCUGUUGAAACAACUGAUGUCUGUCAAAUGCUUGGGGCCACAAAAAAAAAUAAAAAUAAAUGGUGUGCACAUGAUUACCACACAAGAGAUGAGGUUUAAUAUGUUAAAAAAAAAAAAAA